AUGGGCCCCGGGCCCGGCGGGUCUUCUCCGCGGGCCCCGCGCGCGCCCGCAGCCUGGCAGCGCCCGUUCCUCAACGUCUUCAGGCACUUCAGGGUGGACGAGUGGAGGCGGGCGGCCAAGGAGGGCGACGUGGCCGUGGUGACGGACAAGACCCUGAGGGGCGCGGUCUACCGCAUCCGCGGCGCGGCGGCCGCCCGCAGCUACAUCCAGCUGCCCCGCGCCGGCGCGCAGCCGCUCGGGCUCACCGGGCGGUACCUGUACGUGCUGUUCCGGCCGCUGCCCGCCAGCCACUUCGCCAUCCACCUGGACGUGUCCACCGAGGACGGCCAGGUCGUCCGCGUGUCUCUCUCCAGCCUCUUCAAGGAGUUCAGGUGCACGGCGUCGUGGCUGCAGUUCCCCUUCGCCUUCGGGGCGGCGGGCGCCGGCGCGCGCUGGACCUGCCUGCAGCUGGACCUGCGGGACACGCUGCUGCUCCACGGGCGCCGCCGCUACGGCCACCUCCGGGGCGUCCGGCUGUGCGCCAGCCUGCUGGUCAGGAACCUCUACACCAGCGACCUGUGCUUCGACCCGGCUGUGACCGUCGCCGAGGCCCGGCGGGCGAAGCUGCCCGUCACCCCCGUGCCUCGGGAAAUGGCUUUCCCGGUGCCAAAGGGGGAGAGCUGGCACGACCGCUACCUGCACAUCCGGUUUCCAAGUGACCGCCCCGCAGGGCCCUCCGAGCCGCCUCGGAUAAGCUGCUCCCCUCCCGAGGCAGCGACCCUGGGGCCUGUGCCGCAGCCGUUCCCUCGCCUGGGGGGCCUCGGCAAACCCGUGCAAGACAGCGCGUCCCCGUCCCCUGUGGUGCAGAGACCCAGCCCCGCAGCUCCCCGCCGGGCACCCUCAGCGCCCGGCCGCCUGCCAGAGCACAGCUCGUCCUGCAGAUGCUCGGAGGUGUCCGCUGUCAGUAGCCCUGAGCCCUCGGCCUCCGCGGAGGCUGCCGACCUGCACGCGGUCCCCGGUGACGGCCGCCCAUGUGCCGCCGCGUCGGCUGCGGAGCCCACGGCCGCCCAGGACGCCAGCUCCGGAGAACGAUCCCUUCCAGACCCGGUCCUGAGGCUCAGGGGUGUCGUCGGCUUCGGGGGCCACAGCACCAGAUGGGCCCUGUGGACCAGGGACGGGGCGGCUGUCGUGUACCCCUGCCACGCGGUCAUCGUCGUCCUGCAUGUCCACACCAUGGAGCAGCGCUUCUUCCUGGGCCACACGGACAAGGUCUCCGCCCUGGCGCUGGACAAGGAGGACUCGCUGCUGGCCUCGGCCCAGGUGCAGCCCGGCGCGGUGCGGCUCUGGGACUUCCAGGCCGGGGGGUGCCUGUCCCUGCUGCAGAGCCCCGUGCACAGCACCUGCUCCCUCAGCUUCUCCCAGAGCGGGGCCCUCCUCUGUGGUGUGGGCAAGGACUGCCACGGGAGAACGGUGGUGGUGGCCUGGGGCACGGCCCAGGUGAGCCUCGGUGGUGACGUGGUUGUUCUGGCAAAGGCGCACACCGACUUCGACAUCCAGGCCUUCCACGUCGCCCCUCUGGAUGAAGCCCGGAUGGCCUCGUGCGGGCGGGGCAGCGUGCGGCUGUGGCGGCUGCGUGGCGGGGCGCUGCGCUCCUGCCCGGUGGACCUGGGGGAGCACCACUCGCUGGACUUCACGGACCUGGCCUUCGAGCAGGCCCAGGACAGCAGCCGAGAGCCCACGGCCCGCACCCUCUACGUGUGCAGCCGCAGCGGCCACCUCCUAGAAGUGGACCUCCAGCGCCUGGCCGUGCGGCGUGCCCGCCGCCUGCUGCCCACACACAUGCCCGGCGGCCCCCGCUCCCGGAAGCAGCCCUUCGGCUCAGGCCCCGGGAUCGCUCUCAGCAGCGUCAGUGUCUCCGCCGCCGCAUGUGCUGUGGGCUCCGAGGACGGCUACCUGCGGCUCUGGCCCCGGGACUUCUCCUCGGUGCUCCUGGAAGCGGAGCACGAGGGCCCGGUCAGCUCGGUGCGUGUCAGCCCCAAUGGCCUGCGCGUGCUGUCCACCACGUCCUCGGGCCACCUGGGCUUCCUCGACAUCCCGGCCCAGGAGUACACGGUGCUGGUGCGCUCCCACGUGGCCUCGGUGCGGGGCUUAUCCACGGAGCGCAGCCGGGGCCAGCUGGCCACCGUGUCGGUGGACCACACUGUCCGCAUCUGGGACCUGGCCACUCUGCGGCAGCUGUAUGACUUCACGUCGAGCGGCGAGGCCCCGUGCACCGUGGCCUUCCACCCUGCCUGGCCGACCUUCUUCUGCGGGUUCUGCAGUGGGGCCGUGCGCGCCUUCAGCCUGGAGGGCCCCGAGGUCCUCAUGGAGCACACGCAUCACCGCGGAGCUGUCACCGGCCUGGCCGUCACGCCCGACGGCAGCCUCCUGUUCAGCGCCUGCGCCCGUGGCACCCUCACCCAGUACAGCUGUGCUGUCCCCCGGUGCUGCGUCCUCCGAGUGGCAGCAAACGUGGUGUGCCCAGACGCCCGCCCAAGCCCCAGCACCCUGGUGGUCAGCGGGGACAGCCACCUGCUGGCUUUUGUGGGCCCCUCCAAGCACGCAGUGACCGUCAUGGACUCGGCCUCCCUGGACGAGCUGCUGCGGGUUGACAUCAGUGCCCUGGACCCGGCCGGCAGUCGCCUGGACUCAGCUGUGGCCGUCUGCUUCGGCCCCGUCCCCUCAGGCCACCUGCUGGUGUCCACGUCUUCCAGCAAGGUCAUCGUGCUGGAUGCCACGUCAGGCCGCACCCUCAGGAAGCUGUGUGGCGUCCACCCCGUGGCCUGUCCCUCCCUGGCCCUCAGUGAGGAUGCCCGCUUCCUGCUGAUGGCCGCUGGCCGGGCAGUCAAGGUGUGGGACUACACCCAGGCCGGCCCUGACUGCCAGGUGUACGUUGGCCACUCGGAACCCGUGCAGGCCGUGGCCUUCACCCCCGACCAGCAGCAGGUGCUCAGCAUAGGGGACACCGUGUUCCUGUGGGAUGUGCUGGCAGCCCCCCCCAGCAGCCCAGGCCUGCUCAGGACACCGGCAGCCCGUGAGGCCGGCAUGUGCCCUGCCUUGGAUGACGAGAGCCGGCAUGCUGAGGGGCCACCCAAGACCCCAGGCUCACCUGUGCUGGCAGAAGAGGAGGCCGGCGGGGCUGGUGACGGGGCUGUGGAGGCUACGAAGGACUCCCCCUGUCCCCACAGCCAACUCACAGGUGCCCAGAGCACCUGGACAGCGCGCCCAGAUUCCUGCACGCACUCCACGCCUCUGUGCGAGGCCUCCAGGCUGGCCAGGGUUGUCCACGAACCCCAGUCUGCCGAGCGCCUCCCCCCGCCUGCCGGGAGCAAGCAGCUGCACCUGAAGGCCGUCGUGGGCUACAGUGGGAACGGGCAGGCCAGCGUGGUCUGGAGGCCCGACACAGGCUUCUUCGCCUACACGUGUGGCCGCCUGGUGGUGGUGGAGGACCUGCACUCCGGUGCCCAGCAGCACUGGCGAGGCCACCCCGAGGACGUCGCCACACUGGCCCUCAGCCACGAUGCCCAGGUCCUGGCCUCUGCCUCAGGCCGUGGCGGCACAGCCGCCGCCUGUCAGAUUCGCAUCUGGGACGUGCCCGCGGGCCUCUGCCAGCAGCUCCUGUCCUCCCCCCACUCAGCCGUGCGCGCCCUGGCCUUCUCGCCGGAUGACAGGCUCCUCGUCACCCUGGGGGACUGUGGCGACGGCGCCCUGGCCCUGUGGAGCACAGCCACCUAUGAGCUCCUGCUGUCCACGCGCCUCCUGGAGCCGGUGCAUGCUGUGGCCUUCAGCCCCUGGGGUGCCGGCGAGCUCGCGGGUGUGGGCCCAGGCACGGUCACCUCCUGGCUCCUGCGGCAGCACGGGACAGACGUCAGCCUUCAGGCUCGCAGAGAUCCGGUCCCAGAAGAGGUGGGCGUGGAGGAGCUCACCUCGCUCUGCUACGGGGCCGUACCCCUGCUCUACUGUGGCUCCAGCUGUGGCCUGGUCUGUGUUUGGGACACGCACGUCGGCCGUUGCUUCCUGGCCUGGGAGGCGGACGACAGCGAGAUCGGAGUGCUGCUGUGCUCGGGCUCCAGGCUGCUCAGCGGCAGCCACGCGAAGCGGCUGCGCCUGUGGGCCGUGGGGGCCGUGCCGGAGCUGAGACGCAAGGGCUCGGGGGCCAGGUCCACUUCUGUGUUCCUGGAGCACGAGCUGACCCUGGACGGGGCUGUGGUGACUGCCAGCUUCGACGACAGCAUGGACAUGGGGGUCGUGGGCACCACGGCGGGCACGCUCUGGUACGUCGGCUGGGCCGAGGGCACCAGCACCCGGCUCGUCAGCGGCCACAGGGAGAAGGUGAACGAGGUGGUCUUCAGCCCCAGCGGGCCCCACUGCGCCACGUGCAGUGAGGAUGGCAGUGUGCGGGUGUGGUCCCUGGCCACCAUGGAGCUGGUGAUCCAGUUCCAAGUGCUGAACCAGAGCUGCCUGUGCCUGGCGUGGAGCCCCCCAUCCUGUGCACGGGCGGAGCAGCAGCGGGUGGUGGCGGGCUAUGGCGACGGCACACUGCGGGUGUUCAGGCUUGCCCGCACGGCCUUGGAGCUCAAGAUGCGUCCCCACUGGGCCGCGCUGACGGCCGUGGCCUUCUCCACGGACGGUCAGACCAUCCUCUCCGGAGACGAGCUCGGGCUUGUGGCCGUGAGCCGCCCCCACGCGGGGCUGACGUUCCGCGUGCUGAGUGACCAUCAGGGAGCCCCGAUCUCUGUCCUCCAGAGCACCAGCCGUCAGUGUGGAGACGUGGGGGCGGAGGGCACGGACCUGUGGCUGGCGGCCAGCGGGGACCAGCGGGUCAGUGUCUGGGCCUCCGACUGGCUGCGGGACCACUGUGAGCCCGUGGACUGGCUGAGCUUUCCAGCGCCGGCCGCCCUGGAGGCCCCAGGCCGCCCGCCGCCCUGUCUUGCUGCCUUCUGCCCCUGGGACCGGGCGCUGCUGGUGUGUGUGGGCCUCGGCUCACGCAAGGAGGUGAUGCUGUACAGCCUCCGUCAGAAGCAGGUGCUGGACAAGAUCCCGCUGCCGUGCUCCGCCGUGUCCCUGAGCCUAUCCCCCGCGGCCCAGCUCAUGGCCAUCGGCCUCACUGGGUGCGCCCUGAGGCUGGUGGACUGUGCCUCGGGCACCAGCCAGGACUUCGCGGGCCACGACGACUCGCUGCACCUGUGCAGGUUCACGCCCUCCUCCAGGAUGCUCUUCACCGUGGCCUACAACCGGAUCCUGGUGUGGGAGGUCACUGAGCUGCGGCCACGCGGCCAGGACCGGCCGUUGGCGUGUGCGGAGGGUCCCGUGCCCGUCGGGGCCCCGUCUGUGCCUUGUAGAGUUUAAAUAAAGUGGACGUUUGCUCAUUCCUGCUCCUUGU